AUGUCACAGCGCUGCAGAAGAACUGUUGCAAUAUGGUUUCUAUUUAUUUCGACACUCUCUUUUUUCGGUACCGCUUUUGGACAGAUAAUCUACUCGGUGUCUGAGGAGGUUAAGGAAGGGACGUUUGUCGGAAAUUUAGCCAAGGAUUUAAAUCUCAAUGUGGAUGAUUUGGAAUCGCGUAUGGUACGGAUUUCCACAGGAUCCAAGAAGAAAUAUUUCGAGGUAAAUUUAAAGACAGGGGUUCUCUAUGUUAAUGAAAGGGUUGAUAGGGAGAAGAUUUGUCCUAGCACUGCGAAUUGUUUUCUAAAUGUGGAGGCCAUUGUUGAGGGACCUUUGUCUAUCUAUCGUAUUCAGAUCAAUAUAGUAGAUAUUAAUGAUCACUCGCCAGAGUUCCCGUUAAAAACUCAAUGUAUAAAUGUCUCCGAGUCCACUCUACCAGGAGCUAGAUUUAUUUUGCAGAGUGCUGAUGAUGAAGACGUGGGUAGUAACUCUGUAAAGAGCUAUAAGCUCAGUCAAAAUGAGCACUUCUCUCUAGAUGUACAGAGCGGUGGAGAGCAGAGUGUGUCUGCUGAACUAGUGCUGCAGAAAGCUUUAGACCGAGAGAAGCAGUCUGUGAUUCAGCUCCUACUGACUGCUGUUGACGGAGGAAAACCUCCCAGAUCCGGCACUUUGCAGAUAACGGUGAAUGUGCUAGACAUCAAUGAUAACAUUCCGACAUUUAGUAGCUCAAUGUUUAAGACGACUGUUUUUGAGAAUCUGCCAAUUGGAACAACAAUCUUAAAAUUGAAUGCAACUGACAUGGAUGAAGGAAUUAACAGUGAAAUCGUGUACUCCUUUAGUAACUAUCGGCUGAAAGAUGUCAAUAAUGUUUUUGCUAUCGACCCGAAGAGUGGCGUCAUUACAGUUAAAGGGGAUAUUAACUACGAGGAAAAAAGUGUGUAUGAGAUACGUGUACAAGUUCAGGAUUCCGGGUUUUCGCCUCUUGUUUCUCACUGCAAGGUGUUAAUUGAGGUGGUAGACAUUAACGACAAUGCUCCAGAAAUAUCAGUAACAUCUGCAUCGUUGACUGUCAAAGAAGACGAAAAAAUUGGCGCAGUGAUAUCUAUGGUAGAGGUUUUAGACGCUGACAGUGGCACAAAUGGAAAUGUGCACUGUGUAGUUUCUGGCGAUGUACCGUUCAAAUUGCGGAUGAACUACAAGAACUAUUACUCAUUAGUGGUUGGUGGGCCGCUGGACAGAGAGCGUGCCUCUCUAUACAAUGUCACCAUCGUGGCUACGGAUGAAGGGACUCCGUCUCUCUCUAGUUCAAGUGUUAUUACUGUACACGUUUCUGAUGUCAACGACAACGCGCCGCGAUUUCUAGAGCCUGUGAUUAACCUGCAUGUGAAGGAGAACAGUAAAGUAGGAUCUGUGAUUUACACGGCAUCUGCCUUUGAUCCGGAUUUAAAAGAAAACUCCAAACUUUCAUAUCUGUUAUUGAAAAGUUCAUUAAAAGGCGCCCCCCCGCCAGCAACUGUCGAAGUGAACUCUAUCACUGGAGAAAUAUUCAAUCUGCAGUCAUUUAACUAUGAGGAAGUUAAAACGUUUCAGUUUCAAAUUCAGGCCACAGACUCUGGUGUUCCUCCGCUAAGUACCAACGCGACUGUGAACGUUUUUAUCCUGGAUGAGAAUGACAACAGCCCUGUGGUUCUCCCGCCCUAUUCUGGCCAGGGCUCCGUUAAUACUGAGAAUAUUCCCUAUUCUGCUGAAGCGGGCUACUUUGUGGCCAAGAUCAGGGCAGUAGACGCAGACUCUGGUUACAAUGCGUUGCUUUCUUAUCACAUCACUGAACCCAAGGGAAGCAGUCUCUUUCGAAUCGGAAGCAGCAGCGGGGAAAUAAGGACUAAGAGGCGAAUGAGUGACAAUGACUUGAAGACUCAUCCAUUGGUGAUUUUGAUUUCUGACCACGGAGAGCCUUCCCUCUCAGCGACUGUGUCUGUUGAUGUCGUGGUUGUUGAAAGUACAGGUGAACUACAGACAUCAUUCAAACACUUACCCGCGAAGGAUGAGAAUUUCUCGGAUUUAAAUCUAUAUUUGCUGAUUGCCAUUAUCUCGAUAUCAGUUAUAUUUUUGCUGAGCCUCAUUAGUUUAAUCGCUGUAAAGUGCCACAGGACUGAUGGCGGGUUGAGCAAGUACAGCGCUCCAGUGAUCACCACACACCCUGACGGGAGCUGGUCUUACUCCAAGUCUACUCAGCAGUAUGACGUGUGUUUUAGUUCAGACACACUGAAGAGUGACGUUGUGGUUUUCCCUACGCCAUUUCCGCCUGCUGAUGCUGAGCUCAUCAGUAUUAAUGGAGCAGAUACUUUUAAACGGAACCAAACACUGCCUAACAGCGAGAAGGUAAGAUAG